GGGGCAAGAGGGUUUGGUUGAACUGCAGCUGUUUGUCUGUUCGACACAGGCUUGGGCCCGACGGAGGAGACGGAGCCCCAGACAGGUGAUGGAGUUCAUCAGUCCUGGUGAUAUACUGAGGAAGGGAUUUGAGGACGAGUGAGAAAUUCCAUUCCGGAAGGACUGUUGAAUCCUGGAAGUCCCCUCCCCUCCCCCUUCCCCCCUUUGCCGCUUUGUGGCAUCCCCCUCCCUCUACCCUUUCCCACUCUAAUAAUCUGGCCAUGACUAGCAGAAGUACGGCCAGGCCCAAUGGGCAGCCCCAGGCCAGCAAAAUAUGCCAAUUUAAAUUGGUCCUGCUGGGGGAAUCUGCAGUGGGGAAGUCUAGCCUGGUAUUACGUUUUGUCAAAGGACAGUUCCAUGAGUACCAGGAGAGUACCAUUGGAGCGGCCUUCCUCACCCAGUCCGUUUGUCUAGAUGAUACAACAGUCAAGUUUGAGAUCUGGGAUACAGCUGGGCAGGAGCGAUACCACAGCUUAGCCCCUAUGUACUACAGGGGUGCCCAAGCUGCAAUUGUGGUUUAUGAUAUUACUAAUCAGGAAACGUUUGCCCGAGCAAAGACCUGGGUGAAGGAACUACAGCGGCAGGCCAGUCCUAGCAUUGUUAUUGCCCUGGCGGGAAACAAGGCUGACCUGGCCAAUAAGCGCAUGGUGGAGUAUGAGGAGGCUCAGGCAUAUGCUGAUGACAACAGCUUAUUGUUUAUGGAGACUUCAGCCAAGACAGCUAUGAACGUGAAUGAUCUCUUCCUGGCAAUAGCUAAGAAGUUGCCAAAGAGUGAACCCCAGAAUCUGGGGGGUGCAGCAGGCCGAAGCCGGGGUGUGGAUCUCCAUGAGCAGUCCCAGCAGAACAAGAGCCAGUGUUGUAGCAACUGAGGGGGUGGCUAGCAGCAAACAAAUAUGGAGCUAGCACGACAGCUAAGAAAUCACCUCCAUCCCCACCCCUCAGCACACAGCCCCUACGGUAACAGCACACUGAGCCCUGGCUCCCAAGGGCUGCCUCCUGACAGCUCCAUCAUGGCACUUUUUAACGCUUCAGCAACCAACACCAGGCAGCUGUUGCCACUGGCCUCCUGCCCCGUACUCUGGGGCUUGGGGGUCAAAUCCCCCCAGGACUUACCUUCCAAAACAAACUUUCUCCACUUUGUAUUAUAGGUGCAAGACAGUGACCUACUUUUUCCUCCUCCUCUAUUUUCUUUCCCAUUUUUUCAGAACAUGCUUCUUGUCUCCUGCCCCUCCCCUCCCUUCCACUUUUGAUCAAUCCCUGUUCUUGAUCCUCUUCUCUUCCCAGGAUGGAGAAGGUGGUGAACCCAGGAACUAAGAAGGGAGAUUUCUAGGUCAGUUAACAUUUAUAUGCCCUGGAGGGAGAGGAAGGCCCAGAGCAGGAGGAAGUACGAAAAUAUUUCCUUUUGUUUUUAUUGAGUUGGCAUUUCUCAUAGUUGAAAACACUGCAGAAUCCAUGAGUUGGCCUUGUGGAGGGGUGUUCCUAGUUAGAGGUGAGAAUGGGGCGGCAAACUCUCAGGCCACAUGGGAGUCAUAUAUUGUUAGCUAACUGGAUGGAAAGGGAGCUAUGGUUCUGGAACUCUUCCAAGGCCCAGUUUUCCCUUACCCAGCCUCAUAGAUUGGGGAUCAGAUCCCAGAGUCCUCCAAAGAAUCUUCACUGGUUGCCUGCACCUUUGGCUCUGCUGUGAUCUAAUUGGAGGGGGGAACCAGUUUCUGAUGCCCAUCCUCUGAGUUAUACAUAUGCAUUUCCCCUCCACCCCUGGCCUUAAGAUGGCCUCACCUCCAUAUACCAUAUCCCCCUGCAGUUUGCACUUUAACUGAUGGUGAUUCAGUCAGGAUACUUGUUUUACAGGGUUUUUGACUGAUUUUGCCUGUCCUCCAGCCUUUUUAAUUCAGUGGAAUCUGAGAUACAUGAGGUUUGGGGAGAGGCUGCAGAGAGCAGGACUAGUGGCAGCUACCCAAGCCCAGUAUCCACUGCUAGCUUCCUCCUACUCUGAUUUGUAACCUCUGCUCUUGCCAGCCUAGCUGUUGGAUAUAGGUUGCCUUUACUGGAGAAUUAACUAAGCAACUGGAGAGUGGCCUCAGGAUAGCCCAGGCCGAGAAGUCAGACAAAAGGGAGAAGCUUUCUAUCCUUUUCCAGGGUUUCACACUCAAUUUACUAUCCAUGACCAUGUCUUUUCUACUUCCCUGUAAAUAGGUAAAAUCUUUAUUCUCACUGUAUAGUGUAUUUCCUACCUCCCAUCAGGCCCAUUUUCUUCUUAUGUUAUCUCCUCCAUUCUAAUCCUCCCAUACCUAUCCUCCCAUGCAACCCGUGGUUUACUUUAUGUACCACUAGGGGCUAAUACCACAAAGGCCUACUGAGGCCUCCCUCAUAGAAUACCACCUAUUUCUGUGGACAGGAAGUGACUAGCACUGAAGGUUCCUUACAACUGUCCCACAUCAUCAAAGGACUUUGGUUCUUUCUAAGUCUCUAGCCUCUCUUCACAUCCUUCAUCAGGUGUUUUAGGAUGUCUGUGGGAAGCUAUCAAAGUGAGAAAGAACUCUUUUAAGUUACCUCUUGUUCUAGCCCAGUUUGUUUAUUUUUUUUUAAACUUUGGGGACAAAAGACAGGAAAAGCCACAGUAACCCAGGAUUGGAAUCUUUCUGCCCUUAUGGCUUGGAAAUGGCCGCUGUCCCAGAGCAGCUGAGAAAUGCAUGAAGUUGAGAUGCUGAAAGACCCAGCUUUGGUUCUUCCACUUAGGCCUCAGUUCCUUCCUUUUCCAGGGGCAGCCUUAGUUCCCAUGGCCCUGAACUACACAUAUAUUUCCCCUUUCUUCCACAGAACCCAUUAGUUCUUCAAAGCACUCAGUGCAUCCUUUUUACAAGUGGAAGAACUAGGAUGGCUCUGUAAGUCUCUUAAGAAAUGAAAUUCUCCAUGCAGCUUUCCUCAUGGAGCAGGAGUGAAGAUAUUUCAUUGCCUUGGGGCUGGGGAAAUGCUUUCCCAGGAUUCCCCAUUCCUCACCCUCUUAGGAACAGUAUUGGCCUUAGCUUCCAGGCCUAUCUGCUGCCUUUCCUCUACUCCUACCGGCUCUUCUGCCCUCCUUUGAGCACUGUUGGGGUUGGGGAUUUUAGUUUUUUAUUUCCCAGCUCUUCAUUUUUUUUUCUUCUAAUCAGUUUUUUUUUUUUUAAAGGGGAAGGGGUAUCUCUCUUUUUUGCUUCUGAGAAAGCAUUUGCCUUUCUUUCCCUCUCUCCUUCCAACAUAACAAUCGUGGUAACAGAAUGCGACUGCUGAUUUACCGAUGUAUUUAAUGUAAGUAAAAAGGAAAAAAAAGAAAAAUGUAUUGGA